AUGCAGCAACUCCUAGAUGAACGGGCUAGUAAAAUCGAGCGCUACGAAACCAAAUUGAAAGAUAUAAUCGCAGCGUAUAAAAAAUUACAAAGUGAGAAUGAAUCGCUCGGCCAGCUUUUGCGUUCAUCGGAGCUCAACGAAUCUCACUUACGCCAAGAAUUAGACGAGAAGAGUAAGACUAUAAAUAAUCAGUCAGUUGAAAUUUCUGACCUUACUGACAAGCUCAAAAAUCUUGUUCUUGAGAAAAAUCGAUAUCGGGAAGAGGCUGAUAAAAUACCCUCCUUAAAUAGACACAUUGAUCAAUUAACUCGUGAUUUGGAAUCUGAGCAGACAAACUCAAAAUCUUUGGAAUUUGCCCUUAUCCAAGCUCAAGAACAACAUGAAAUCUCUACCCAACAUUUCGAGACUAGGAUAUCAGAUAUAGUUACCACUCUCCAAACCUAUCAAGAAAUUCACAAAAAUGAUACAGAAACAAUCAGCCAGCUUCGGUCGGAGAAAUCGCAUAAUCAGAAUAAAGAAUCAUUAUCGCCCCAGACUAUCAAACCAUCCCCCUCAGAUUUAAUACUUACGGUCUUGCAGAGUAGAGGCAAUGUGACCGAUGUCUCUGGAAGUGAUGAGCUUUUCGAUUAUUUACUUCAGUUCUGGCAAGCAAUCGUUGAGUCUAGUCAAAUUCAACAAUCCUCUCUUGAAAAGCAGCUCCUACAACGGCUAAAUUUACAGUACCUCGUUUCCAUUGAGUCGCUGGAAACUUGUGAAAAGGAAAGAGCUUUAUUGGAGCACGAACUUGAAGCUGCCAAGGUGCGCAUUCAGAGCUUUCAUGAUAAUACCAAAAAGACCACCACUUCUCCUCUUCUAACAGGCCUGACACCUAAGGAAACAUUUUUACAUGAAAAUGGUGCCAAUGGGAACGCAAAUAGACAAGAAUUGGAAAUACAACUUCGCGAAGCGCAAGAUCAUGUCAAGUUGCUGAGGAAGCAGAACUUUACAACACUUCUCGAGUUAGAAUCGGUGAGGAAGUCGAUGUUUUCGAAACUUGCUGCGGCCGAGAAUGAGGCUUCAGAACGUUUAGUAGAGGCAAACUCUCGACACGAGGCACAGUUAGCACGAAUGGAAUCCGAGGCUCGUCGAUAUCGUGAACAGACACUCAAUCUUCUUACAGAGAAGGAAGAGGAGAUUUCAGAGCUUCGAACGGCUCUCUUCCUUGCCAACCAAGAAGGUUCUUAUGCUGUCCCACCAACUUCUCGUUCUCGUAUCUCUACCACGCCUGUGACCUCGGUGAGUCUCUCCGAAGGAAGUUGUAAGGAAGUUGCGCCUGAUUCAACAACUCUCUCACCCGUUUCUGCAGUCAACUUUGAUGAAUCCUUUCUGUCUAAGAAUUGUGGUUUGGUGCAUUGCGCUGAGCGUCAUGGUCGAAUGUAA